GUCAAAGUGUUCUCUGAAGUUGAGAUGAUUUAACAUUUCAUAUUUGCAUGCUAUUAAAUCUGCAUGCGAUCAAAUAUUUAGCUUUACUCAUAAUCUUGAACAGAAAUUAUAGGUUUCUUGUAGGAGCGUGCGUAUUUUGUUACAAGUUUUAUUUUGAGAAUAAACAAUUGAUUAUUUGACAGACAAUCUUCUGAAAUCUACCAUUUUUAAAAUUAUCCGUUAAUAAGCUUGUCUUGUUUGAAUUAGUUUAAGGACCUUAAUUCUGGAUGGAUAUAGACUUCUAACCGUUCUUGAAUUUACAUCAUGUGUUAAUUUUGUUUUGAAAAGUGCUUUGUGACUAAAGGAUAUUAUGUAGGUUUUAUAGAUUAGGAUUUUGGUAUUUCCUCAUAAACCUGGAAUAAUUUAUCCACAUUUAGGCUAAAACCGUUGAUUAGAAAAAAACUAUUAAAAAUGUAAACUAGUGUCGACAUGUCUGUUAUUUAGGUUAAUGUGUUAUAGCGUCACACCUUAUACACUCCGGUUACACCCAUAGACUAUAUAAGAAGGUUACACCAAUGUGGGAUCAGAAUUUUUGCAUUAUAAGUAUAGGGCUGAAUAUUGAUCAAUUAUUUUCAAACCAAUUCAAAAUUGUAUAGCUUAAUCUCUACUGGAUUGUUACAACACUCAUACGUUGAAUUUUAAAUGUAGACGCUGCGGAUCCUUUCAACACUAGAGUCCGACUCCACACGGUGGAAUUAGCAGGCAACACCGGAAGUUGCGUCGGUGGCGCGAAUAAUAACAAAGCUGAUGUUUCAAUUUUGCGAAGCUAUUAUCGUUAAAUUAUUAUAAAAUGUACAGACAUUUACCCAACACGGUGGAGACCGUUUGUUUAUGUUAAUAUGUAAAGUUAUUUUAUGUAUUUUUAACAUUAUAACGUUACGCUUGGCAUCAAAGAACAGUUCGCCAUGUCUAAAGGAGACAGAGAUGGCUUCAUUGUGAAGUUUGUGGAAAAUAAAGCACAAAAAACUGAGUAUGCUGCCAAGGCUUACGAGGCCAUUUUGGAGCUGCAGUCUGACAAGUACUUAAAAACCAUCGAUGAAGAUGCAGUUUUACAGAUGGACCAGAAGGACAAGUCUCUGUUUGUCUUCAGCAGCUUCACCACACCGGCCUUUCUGCACUGCAAGAAGCUUGGCUGCCGAGUGGUAAGUCCACUGGUGGUGUUGUACUGCCUGCAGCAGCAUCAUUGCGUCCCCAAAGCAGAGAAGCCCGUCUAUAACAUGGCCAUGGCUGACAUCACUAUUUCCUGCACCAGCUUGGAUAAAGCUACACGGGCAGAUGUGAUGGAUCUGGUUCAACUCAUGGGGGGACGGGUCUAUCUUGAUCUAAAUGUAUCGGUCACACACCUGAUAGCCGGAGAGGUGGGCAGCAAGAAGUACCUGGUAGCGGCCAGCCUGGGUAAACCCGUCCUGCUGCCUUCAUGGGCCAAAGCCUGCUGGGAGAAAUCUCAAAACAGCUUUUUCAGGUAUACAGAUCUCCCCAUUGAGGACUAUCUGUGCCCUGUGUUGCGUGGCUGCACUGUUUGUGUGACAGGCCUCUCCAGCACAGAGCGUAAGGAGGUGCAGCGGCUCUGUGAUCAGCACGGAGCCAACUACACUGGUCAGCUCAAAAUGAACGAGUGCACGCACCUCAUCGUUAGUGAGCCAACAGGUCAGAAGUACGAGUGUGCAAGGAAGUGGAACGUGUACUGCGUGUCUCUGCACUGGCUGUUUGACAGCAUAGAAAAGGGCUUUUGUCAAGACGAGAGCAGGUAUACUGUGGAGCGUAAUGCAUUAAAGAGCACUCGACCGCACACUUCCACCCCCACUGGCACCAACAGGAAGGAGGAGGGUCCGUCUCUGUUGGGCUUGAGCCACAUCUCUGUGAAUGCUAGCAUGACAAUAAAUGACACAGUUGUCACUAACGGCACCAUCAGCCGCCUGGAAGCUCCCGACCCCAUUGAGACUCUGGAUCUCACCGUCUGCCCAGCUGAUGAUGUCUUUGAUGGCUGUAAGCUGUACCUGUGUGGCCUGCCAGGGAAGAAGCUGGAGAAGCUGCGGCGUCUUGUGAACACUGCAGGUGGUCUGCGUUUAAACCAGCCCAGUGAGGAACUCACACAUGUGGUCAUGGGAGAGCUGGACCAGGACCUCAAGAGUUUUCUGUUCAAAGCAACACAUAGACCCCAUGUAGUAACAGUGCAGUGGCUGCUGGACAGUUUCCACAAAGGUAGUCUGCUCCCAGAAGAGCGUUACCUCCACCCUGACUGUCUGCCUCCGGCCUCGGCUGCUGUCUCUGUGUCUGCCCGCCGCACUCUCUCCUCCCGGCAUUCAGCCGGUCCCCCCGCAGCCAGUCCCAGCACUCCCAGGCAGACCAGAGCAGAGGAAGAUCUGCUCUCUCAGUACAUGGAUGAUGACCCUACAGUCGUGGACAUGCCUCCACCUGCAGAGGGCAACAGCAGGAAGUCCAUCAGUACACCUGCUCAGUCUUGGGCACCAAACCUCACCAGAGGACCAGAGGCAGACUCCACCCUGCAGGAAGCCAGCGAGGCAGGCCUGUUUUUUGGGAAAUGUUUCCUUCUUGUGGGCUUUGGUGCCGAGGCAGAGACCCAGCUCUCGCUACUGGUGACAGAAAAUGCAGGCAGGGUGCUGAUGGGCCGUACACGUGUUGUGGCAGACUAUGCAGUGGUCCCACUGUUGGGCUGGUCAGUGGAGGCCACAGUGGACGAGGUGGUCACUGAUACCUGGCUGGCCAUGUGUGUGGAGAAGGAGUGUGUUCUGCAGCUGUCCUCCAACCCUUUGUUCACACCCGUUCCUCUGAUGGAUGGACGUUUUCCUCUCAGAGAUUGCGUCCUCUCUGUCAGCCAGUUCACGGGAGCAGAGAGGGAGUCUUUGAUGGAGCUGGCCAAGAACCUCGGAGCCAAUGUCCAGGAUUACUUUGUGCGCCUGGCCAACCAGAAGAAAGGGAUGCUGGCCAGCACUCAUCUGGUGCUGCAGAGCCCCGAAGGCACAAAGUACCAAGCAGCAAAGAAAUGGGGGCUUCCAGCCGUCACCAUGCACUGGAUUCUGGGGUCUGCUCGGACCGGCCAGAGGGCAGAGGAGGGGCGCUUUCUAGUUGACCUGCCAGCCUCACCAGAGAGGGAUGAUGAGAGUUUUGUCGGUGGCUCCCAGAGGCCAGCCAUGCCUCCACCGGCACGCUCGUCUCCAGAGAUCCCUUUGCUGGGUCUCCAGAGCGGUAAGGCCGUCACUCCGCUGGAUUUGGGUCGCCUCCGGAGCAAAGUGUUACGCUCUGUGUUGGAUGAGAAGAAGCCCAAAGAGGACAUCAGCACCCCCAAACAAAACCAGGAGGGCGGCAGAAGGAACCCCCCUCAGAACGAGGCCUCCCUGCAGCUGGACACUCCCUCCCGUUUCCUCAGCAGAGACCAGCUAUUCAGGCCGUCUUUCAACUUUAAGGAUGCUCGAGGAGCAUUGGAGACUCCAGCGGGAAAAUCCAAACCAGGAGAGAUGGUGGAGACCCCUCUGACUGACGUCAUCAACAGGAACCUGAAGGUGUCUAUCGCCAAUAGCUCCCGAAAGAGCUCCUCAGAUAUGCAAGCCAUCACUGCCAGCCCCCAAUUAACCAAGACGACUGAGAAGGAGGUCCCAGAAAAAGAAGCCGGCCCUCUGACUGGUGUUGUGAUCUGUGUGGGAAAGAAGCUGAGCAAAAUGCAGAGUGAACUCAACGCCAUCGCUGCCUCGCUCGGAGCCGACUUCAGGUGGGCUUGUGAUGAUACCGUGACACACUACCUCUACCAGGGCCGAGUGGGGGACAACACCCGGGAGUACAGAGGAGUGAAGGAGAGAGGGCUGCAUGUGGUCUCCCAGUACUGGCUGCAGGCUUGUGCUGAGGAACAAAAGCACGUCCCCGAGUCUCUGUACCCUUUCACCUACAACCCCAAGAUGAGCCUGACCCUCAGCCAGGUGCCCAGCAGCUCUCAGAGGUCUCCACCGUUUACACGAACCCAACUCAAAGAGAUCACAGAGGCAAAGGACGAGAAGUGUGGACACAUUGCCACAGAAGAACCCUCAACGUUGCGCCGUGUCAGCGAUGGCAGCGUAGAUAAAGAAGACACGAAUGAUGCCGCAGAGAGAAGCGAUGUCUCAGAGACUCUGGAAAUGAGAGAGAACCUGCAAAGACAGCUCCAGGAGAUCAUGUCGGCCACCAAGCUGACGACAGGGAGGCGUACCUCGGUCAGACUCAGCAGGAUGGGAUCGGGAGGGGGCGACUCGGACCCCCACACACCUGAUGGGAGCCGUUUCGGACGCUGCGGGAGCAGACGUACUCUGGAAGCUCUGAGGGUUACCAGAGAAGCAGCUCUGGACAUCAACACAGAGCCGUCUCAGAGUGAACAGAUAGUUUGGGACGACCCUACAGCCAGGGAGGAGCGGGCCAAGCUGGCUGAUAACUUACAGUGGCCCGGAAGUCCGUCGCAAUACUCUGAGCCUCUCGCACCUCCACCUCCUCCCACCGCAGAGAACGGCCCUCAGUUGAGGGACACCAUGACGGACUCUGAGCUGGUGGAGAUGGCUGCUUGUGACGUCAUCGAGCAGCACAUGGGCCAGAGAGUCACCGCGGCUCCAACAGAGCAGCCCGAGAAUGACAUCCUCACUCCCAAAGCGCCCAGCAUCGCCUUCCCUCUGGCCAACCCCCCGGUUGCACCGGAGCCGCAGGAGGAGCGUGAGGAAGAGAAGCAGCCGCCCAGAUUUCAGCUGUCCUCCCUCAGCCCACAAGAACGCAUUGAUUACAGUCACCUCAUAGAGGAGCUUGGCGGUGUAGUCCUGGACAAGCAGUCGUUCGACCCCAGCUGCUCCCACAUCAUCGUAGGGACUCCUCUGCGUAACGAGAAGUACCUGGCAGCCAUGGCGGCGGGCAAAUGGAUCCUGCACCGCUCGUACCUGGAGGCCUGCCGCUCUGUGGAUCGCUUCAUCCAGGAGGACGAGUACGAGUGGGGCAGUAGCUCCAUCCUGGAUGCGCUGCCCUCCAUCACCUCCCAGCAGAGGAGGCUGGCGUUAUCGGCCAUGCGCUGGAGACAAACCCUGCAGGGACGCUCGGAGCAAGAGGGAGCCUUCAGUGGAUGGACGGUCAUGCUGAACAUCGACCAGAACAGAGAGUCGGGCUUCAGGCGGUUACUGCAGUCUGGCAGAGCCAAGGUGCUGCCGAGUCCCUCCCCGUCCUUGUACAAGGAGGCCUCUCACCUGUUUGCAGACUUCAGCCGGCUGAAGCCCGGAGACUUCAGAGUGGACGUGUCGGAGGCCACCGCCCACGGAGUCCAGUGCCUGAAGCCGGAGUACAUCGCAGACUACCUCAUGCAGGAGCCCACCCCGCCUAUCGAGCUGUACCACCUGACCGAAGCUGCCUCUGAAGAAGCUCCAGGCACUCCGUCACGUAAGCGCAAAGCAGCCGCAGACAACUCCAGGCUGAAGAAGACGCGUCUGAACUGAAAUGUAGCCCCUAAAUAUUGUCUUUGAAAUUAUUGUAAAUAACACUUUGUAUCUCUUAUGCCUGAAAUAAAAUGACUGUACCAUUUGUGUUGGAAUCCUAAAUCCAGUGCGUUGCAGUCGGUGCAGUGAAGUGUGAGAGUGUAGCCAUGAUGGAUGACUUAAUGAAGGUCUGACAGAAAGUGUCGAGUCACGUUCUGUAAUUGGGUGCAAUAAUACUGUGUGGCCUGUAGAGGGCAGUACAUCGUCACUGUCUGACUCAGGACUGUGUUACAAGUGAUUCCUCAGCAACACAAUGAAAAAUGAUUAGCCGUUAAUAACUUUAUUUAUUUUCCUGUUGACUGAUACUUACGUUAUAAUUGUGUGGUGUUUCCCCGCAACAAGAAGUCAAACCAGUCGGCCGUACUCUUCCUCACCCAUGUGAUCAUGGCCCACUUGUAUCUGCUGUUGAUCUCCCCAUGCAGAAAAACAGAUUUUGUUUACCCGUUGUUGAUUUCGGCCUUUGGACGAGCAAUGUGCUGUUUCAUACCAGGGUGCCAGCCGAAGUUAGAUGCCCCUGUUGCCUCCCAUAUGGUCGGAUAAGUGGUUUAACCUCAUAAUAGAUCGACCAGCUGACGGCCUCCGCACAGAAUCAGCGCUGAGCUGCUGUUUAAGAGGUGUGGGAUUAGAGGAGAAAGAGCUGCUCUGACAGAGGAGCAUGACUCAGGCUGCUGAGUCUAAAAGCCUCUCGCGGCCUCCAACGAAGGAAGGAGUAGCUUGAACAAAAAUCCACUCCUUACCACCAACACUACUCUCUGUUAUUCAUAUAUAACAGUGGUUCCCCACCUUUUUGACGAAUGGUCCAUUUAGAACGAAGCUAUUGUGACACCUGGUCACACGUUGCAUAUGGUAAUAAGUUGUGAGCUGUUCCACCUGUGGUUUUCAAAUAUUUACGUUUAAGGCCUGAAACUAUCCAAUGUUUCACGAGAA